AUGCGAACGCCGACCGAAGGGAAGCGUAAACAUUGUCUUGAAUUCAGUAAUAAACAACAAUCCAAUAAUAAUAAUUCUACAACCGCAGCUACAAGAUCAAUGAAUGUAAAUAAUAAUAACGAUUAUGAAAUUCACGAUGAUAUUAGAAUCUCAAAACAAGCGGUAAACUUCGCAAUGGAGAAUCAUCUGCAACCACAUAAAUUUGAAUGCAAUCCUAAAUUUAAAAGUAAUGAUCACAAACAAGGCGUCAAAUUUAUUCAAGAAUUCCUUCGAUUAAUUACAAAUGAUUUUCGUGAACAAAAUUCAACCUAUUCAAAACCGUUAGGUCUUGAAACGUGGUGGAUCGACCACAACGGAGAUAUUCAAGCUAUAACAAAUGAAAUUGACUUAUAUGUCUAUUUAUGUAAUGAAGAACACAUUCCAAAAGAAAUUGAACAAAUCAAAAUAACGCCACAUCUGCCAAAACAUCUUCCACCGCAGCGAUCUAUCAUGUUAAAAUGGGUUAGUUAUUUAAUAUUAAUUGAAGAUAUAAGCGAAGAAUUAAAUAUGAAGUUUGAAUCCAUUUAUUCUAUACAAGAAAUUGUAGGAACAAAGAACAACCGCAGUCGUAAUUUGAGAAUAGAUAUAAAGGACCGAAAAGAAUAUAACGAUAUUUUAAAUAAUGGAAUAAUUAAUUUAUCUGGAACUAUGUUCAACGUUGAUGAAUAUCUUCCUGCACCAAAACUAUUAAUUUGUACAAGAUGCAAUUAUCCAGGUCAUGUCAAAAAAGUAUGUACAAAUUCAGAGUGUGAUUUAUGUCGUAGAUGUGGUGAAGAUAAAAACAAUGAUAAAGAUCAUAAAGAAUGUGAAAUUUGUUGUCAUCAUUGUGGAGGAAAUCAUCUUUCAUGA